AUGGGGGGCACGGGCAAGUUCACGGCGUCUUCGGGGGUCACCCCAGUGACAUCGUUAUGUCCCUGCAGCAGUGACCGCAGCAACAUGGAAGCUCUGGGAGACGCUGAAACCCCGGCCGCUGGCACCCCCUCCUCGGACACCCCGGCCCCUGGCACCCCCACCUCCAACACCCCUAGCCACAUCAGCCCCACCCCGGACACCCCGGCCCCUGGCACCCCCUCCUCGGACACCCCGGCCCCUGGCACCCCCACCUCCAACACCCCUACCCACGUCAGCCCCACCCCGGACACCCCCUCUGACCCCGCCGCGGGGCCGGGGAAGGGCAGCGGGGAGGCGACGACUCCUCAGGGUGGGGAGGAAUCUCUGGAAGCGGGGGGCGAUGUAGGGGACACGAGGGGUGAACGGAAGAACACGGGGGGUGAAGGGGAGGAUACGGGGGGUUCAGGGGAGUGCGAGGGGGGAAAGGCUGCCGGGGAUGGCGGGGCAGAAAUACCCAGGGGUGCCGGGGGCGAGGCUGGGGAUGGUGGUGGCGAUGCCGAGGCAGGGACAGCCGGGGACACGGAGGAGGGUACCGGAGGGAGUACCGAGGAGGUCACCAGGGGAGAAGCGGCGCCGGCAGCAGCGGGCAACACUCGGCGCCGACAGGAACCCACUUGGCUUCAGGACGAGGAUGACGAGCUGUGGCCUGAGUUCCCUCCCUGCUCGUCCCAAGAGGGGACCACCAGCCCCACGACCCCCACGUCCCCCACGUCCCCCACGUCCCCCACGUCCCCCACGUCCCCCACAGCUGGCACCACCGAGGACACGGGGGGCAGCAAGAGGGGUGCUCCAGCAGCAGGAGCACGGGACAAGGCAGCCCCUGGUUCGGCAGGGCAGAGACUGAGGCCGGAGGGGGCUGGGGGACGGCCACGAGUGGGGUCCCGGGCACAGGGGCGCUCUGCCAUCCUGGAGAAGUUCGGAGGGGCUGCCAAGGGCCCAGCCCCACACCUGCGGCGCUCAGGGGGGGCCGCCACGGUUAAGACGAUGCUGCUGGAGUGGUGCCGUGCCCGCACCCGCGGGUACCCGCACGUGGACGUGCAGAACUUCUCGGGGAGCUGGGGCAGCGGGCUGGCCUUCUGCGCCCUCCUGCACAGCUUCUUCCCCGAUGCUUUCGACUUUGCCACCCUGGAGCCCAACGCCCGCCGGGACAACUUCGCCCUGGCCUUCGCCACUGCCGAGGAGCGGGCGGGCUGUGCCCCGCUGCUGGAGGUGGAGGACAUGGUGCGGCUGCCGGUGCCCGACGCCAAGUGCGUGUACACGUAUGUGCAGGAGCUGUACCGCUGCCUGGUGGCCAAGGGGCUCGUGAAGACCAAGAAGCGCUGA